AGCCACGCCCCCCUCAUGUAUAAACGGGCGGCAGCAGCUGCCACGCGCAGCGGAGAAGCUGCAGGUGCCGUCAUCGCUGUCCGGCUCGCCAGCACCAUCAUGUCGGACGACCAGCGGGGCGUCGUGUACCUGAUCACCGGGGGCUGUGGGUUCCUCGGCCGACACCUGCUGAGGAUCCUGCUGGAGAAGGAGGACAACCUGCGGGAGGUCCGGGUGUUCGACAAGCACGUGACCCCGAGCGUGGACGGGCUGGGCUCAGAGCGGACGAAGGUGGUGGUCAUUCAGGGGGAUAUCACGGACUACAACAGCGUGCUAGAGGCCUCCCGCGGGGCCGACGUCGUCAUUCACACGGCCAGCCUGGUGGACGUCUGGCACAGAGUCCCGGAGACCCUCAUCCACUCGGUCAACGUCACAGGAACGGAGAAUGUGAUCAAAGCGUGCGUGGAGUGUGGAAUCCAGUGUCUGCUCUACACCAGCAGUAUGGAAGUGAUCGGUCCCAACGUCAACGGAGACCCCUUCGUCAGGGGAAAUGAAGAUUCCCCUUACCACGUGAACCACACCAUGGCCUAUCCCAAGAGCAAGGCAAAGGCAGAGAAGAUUGUGCUGGAAGCUAAUGGCAAAGAGUUGAAAGGUGGGAAGUGUUUACACACAUGCUCCCUGAGGCCAACGGGCAUCUACGGCGAAGAGCACGAGCUGAUGAAGGACUUCUACAAACAGGGUGUCGAAAGGGGAGGCCUGAUCAUCGGGGGCGUCCCAGACAGCACUGAACACGGACGGGUCUAUGCGGGCAACGUGGCGUGGAUGCACGUGCUUGCAGCCCGAGCCCUGAGAGAUCGGCCACAGUCGGUCGGCGGCGAGGCUUUCUUCUGCUACGACGACUCGCCCUACAAGAGCUACGAGAAUUUCAACAUGCAGUUCCUCUCCACAUUCAACUUCCGACGAGUGCGCAUGCCCUUGCUGGUGAUCUGGUUCCUGGCCAUGAUGAACGACUUGCUCCGCUGGAUAAUGAGCCCGAUCUACAACUACACGCCGCUGCUGAACCGUUACACCUUGGCCGUGGCGUGCACCUCCUUCACGGUGCUCACGGACAAGGCCCUACGUCACUUCCAGUAUCGCCCCCUGUACGACUGGGAUCAGUGUCGAGAGCGCACACAGAAGUGGGUCAAUACGUUCCCUCUGGAGGACCUCAAAGACUCCUAAUGUACUGUACGAGGGAGCUCCCGGCUAUUAAUUGUCAUUAUGAAAGUUUGAUAAUGAGAAAUAAUCAUUCAAUUUCACGUUAAAAAGACAGACCUCAGAACUUCGCUUGGUGGUUUUAUGAUAUCAAAAAGGGCGUCUUGUACCACAUUGCUGAAGAGAUUUCCUUGACAAAUGUUGCAAUCUUACUUAAAUAUGCAUUUCAGUGUUCACGCUCACACAGUGUUUAGGAUUAGUCACCAAUUAAGCUUCUAUAACAACAAAUGUCAUAACGAAGUGAAAGUAAAUGUUAAACGGUUUCGUCAGGAGUAAAGCGGUGUUGCACAUGAAAUUGUAGCUAUGAAUAAAAGAUUAAGAAGUCUUAAUGUACAAUAUGACACUGAUGUUGACUGUGUAAGCUUCAUUCAAAAGAGAAGAGAAAACUUUAUUACUGCAUUUGUUAUAUAUGGAUGCUGGUAUAGCAUUUAUAGCUUAGUUAUAGAGAGAGUAUAAUUAAAUUAUUUGGUAAUUAACUAAUAUUUUUAAGAUAUUGUCUAACAGCAGCAUUGCAACUGUAAAUUUAUGUAAUUAUUUAUGUAAUAUAAACACAAUUCAAAAGCAUCUACUACAUGUUUAUGUACUUAAGUACUGUUUUUUUAAUUAUAUAUAUCACGCCGCAUUUAAACUUUAAAGUUUUUGUGAUCUUAAAUAAAGUACAUAAAUAUUU